AUGAGCAGUUCAGAUGGGCGAAUUCAUUUGGAAGAUAUAAGGAUCGAUACUGGCUUUCAAACCAACGAUGGAGCACCUGCUGAUGAAGGGUUGAAGAAGUUGAAGUUCUUUCGAGAAGAAGUACUGCAGUUGAUUCCUACAAACGAUUUGGAAGUCCAAAAAACACUUGAGUCAUUCAAUGCAGAAGUCAUAGUGGAAAACGAGUCUCUGAGAGACCGCAGAGAAAGAUUGGCAGAGCUGGUUUUCCAAAAUCCGUCUUUCAAAGAACAGCUUUUGGAUAAAAACAAGGGACUUCCUGCAACAGAAGAACCGGACGCCAGUGAAUUUGAAGCCGAAGAUGAAGAGAAAGAUGAAGAUGAAGACGAAUUCUAUACACCAGCUUCGGACGCCCUGGUACACGCCCGAAAAUUUUUAAUACGAGACUCGCUAGACAGAGCUCAGAAAAGGCUGAAAGCGAAAUUUGCGCUGGCCAGUGAACAGGACGUACAUAGGACCAUUUCAGGCAGAAGAGCAUUGAACUCGAAAUUGUCAACAUAUGAGCUCCAGGGGUCUCAAAUUGUUUCUGAACGUCCGGUCUCAAAAGUGAAAUACAGUCCUAAUCAAACGUGCGCAGCAACUGGAAGUUGGAAAGGCGACAUCCAAUUUUUGGACCCAGAAACACUACAAAUAUCUCGCAAAAUUGAAGUUGGACAUGAUGGUAAGAUCGGUGGACUGGAUUGGGAGUCUACGUCACGAUUUCUGGUAUCCGGCGGAGCGGACAAUCUUGUCAAGAUUUGGGAUUUGUGCGCCGAUGACAUGAGACCUCAAGCAGUUUUCAAGGGCCACGAAAACCGCGUUGCGAAUGUAAAAUUCCAUCCUAGCGAUAAGUAUAUUGCGAGUGCCUCGUUCGACUUGACGUGGAGGCUUUGGGACGUGGAAAGUCAAAAAGAACUCCUGUUGCAAGAAGGACACUCCAAAGAGGUGUAUAGUCUCGAUUUCCAAACCGACGGCUCGCUCAUUUGCAGCGCAGGUCUGGAUUCAAUAGCUCGUGUUUGGGACCUCCGAUCGGGUCAGUCACUAAUGGCUCUGGAAGGACACGCAAAACCAAUAUAUGGAGUAAGCUGGUCUCCGAAUGGACACGUUGUGGCUACAGCCAGUGGGGACGGGACAGUAAAAGUUUGGGAUCUGCGAAACGCUGCCGAGCCGUUCUCCAUCUUGGCACAUAAGAGUAUUGUAUCGGAUGUCAAAUUUGAAAGCGAUAACGGACGCUUCUUGAUCUCGAGCUCUUACGAUAAGACUAUUGGCGUUUUCGCUGCAGAUUCGUGGUUGAGAUUGGCCACGUUAGAAGGACAUAUGGACAAGAUACUUUCUGUAGACGUGGCGCCUAAGGGAAUGCAUUUGCUGACUUGUGGUUGGGACAGAUCAGUCAAAAAAUGGUCGCUACAUAACUGA